UUUUGUAAAUACCACACGCCCCCCACACUCCAUUCGUACGUUGACCGAGUUUUUUGACAACAACACAACAAACGCACAGCAGCAGCAACAGCAGCAGCAGCAGAGGCAGCAGCAACAACAACCAAAUGGAUGCAGAGAGCACGUUCCAACAGAGUCCGAACCAGAAUCGGAAUCAGACCAUGACAGGAUCCAUCCAGGAGGCUGUGGAGACAGGAAGAGGAGUCGCAGGUGGAGCAGUAGAAGUGGCAGAAAAAUCCAUACGAAAGCAACCCCAAGAUGAGAACGAAGAGGAGUACCAUCCGCCCACAAGCUACCUGGAGACGAUUGUGCACCUGUUCAAGGGCAACAUUGGACCGGGUCUGUUUGCCAUGGGCGAUGCCUUCAAGAAUGGCGGUUUGAUUGUGGCACCGCUGCUGACAGUGGUGAUUGCCGUUGUGUCCAUCCACUGCCAGCAUGUGCUCAUAACCUGCUCCAAGAAGAUGCGCGAUCUGCGCGGCGAUGCUGUGUGCGCUGACUAUGCCCAGACGGUGGAGCUGUGCUUCGAGAACGGGCCAAUGAAGCUGCGGGGCUGGUCGCGGACCAUGGGCCGAUUGGUGGACAUUUUCAUAUGUGUGACACAGCUGGGCUUCUGCUGCAUCUACUUUGUGUUCAUCAGCACAAAUGUGAAGCAGAUCUUGCAAGCGUACGACAUUGACAUGGAUGUGCAUCUGGUGAUGCUGCUGGCGUUUGUGCCCGUCCUACUGAGCUCCCUGAUCACGAACCUCAAGUGGCUGACGCCCGUCUCGAUGGUUGCCAAUGUGUGCAUGGUCCUGGGCCUGGCCAUCACCCUCUACUACGCCCUGAAGGAUGGACUGCCGGAGGUUAAGGAGCGCGCCUAUUGGACCAGUGGCCCCCAGUUGGCUCUCUUCUUUGGCACCGCCAUCUUUGCCUUUGAGGGCAUUGCAUUGGUGAUGCCACUCAAGAAUGCCAUGCGCAAGCCCAGCCAAUUCGAGAGCCGACUGGGUGUCCUCAAUGUGGGCAUGUUUCUGGUCUCCGUCAUGUUCAUGUUUGCCGGCUCCGUUGGCUAUAUGAAAUGGGGCGAGGAGGUUGGCGGCAGUCUCACACUCAAUCUGGGUGAUACCAUUCUGGCCCAGGCCGUCAAGCUGAUGGUCUCCACGGGCGUACUCUUGGGCUAUCCCCUGCAGUUUUUCGUUGCCAUUCAGAUCAUGUGGCCCAAUGCCAAGCAAUUGUGCGGCAUCUCGGGCCGCUCGCUGGUCGGUGAGCUCUCCUUUCGCACCAUUUUGGUGAUCCUAACGCUGGCCAUUGCUGAGAUGGUGCCCGCAUUGGGUUUGUUCAUCUCUCUGAUUGGAGCAUUGUGCUCGACGGCACUGGCCCUGGUCUUUCCUCCUGUCAUCGAGCUGAUUGCCAGCAGUGAGGCAAACAAGGGACCCGGCCUGUUUGUCUGCACCAAGAAUCUCAUUAUACUGGUUGUGGCACUUCUGGGCUUCUUCACGGGCUCCUAUGAGAGUCUGAAGCAGAUUGUCAAUCACUUUGGCGAGAUGAAUGGUUGACAGAGCUAAUGAGGAUCGUCACCAUCAAGAGGAUAACCAUAAAGGUCCAGCACAGCAUUAUGCACCAUUCAAAAGGGAUCAAAGUAACAUCAAUAAAGCACCAUCCACGAGGAUGUCGGGAUCAUCACAGUUUCUUAUUAAGGGAUCAUCGAAGAUGACUGUUAGAGGACUCA